AUGAUGUUCGACACUCUUGCAACCUCCACGCACCGAGUGCGGACGGGCUUUGGGGACUCUGAAGAGAGCUUCCAUCCCCCUUCCAUAGUACCAUUCCAGGGUUGCGGCCAGGGCAACGGAGCGGGCCCGCCUAUAUGGGUGUCAAUGAGCUCCAUCAUCAUCCAGGUGAUGACCGCGCUGGGCUUUGGCUUUGAAUGCCUCACAGCAAUUGACUCUCACCUGAUCACCGCUCAGUGCUUUUGCUUCGUUGGUGAUACGGACGUGAUUGAAGCAGGCAAGUCCGUAGAACAAUCCGGCAAGGAUAUAUGCCACUUCGUCCAACAAGCGGCUUCCAUGUGGGCUGGAGGCAUCAGUGCUACUGGAGGUGCAAUUAAAACAGAAAAGUCCUUCUGGUGGUUGAUUGACUUUGUUUGGGACUCAAGCAAUGGCAAAUGGCGGUUCUGCCUGAAGCACCAACUCCUACGGGAUCAUAAAUUACAAAUAUCUGGACUGACUGGUGAAUUGGAAGCCUUACGCCGUCUGGAGCCGGAUGAGGCAGAGAAAACCUUGGGGGUCAUGUUGGCCCCAUUGGAAGAUCAACAGGCACACGUCGCCCACCUCAAGAGUAUCGCCAAAAAGUGGGCUGAGCAAGUGCGAUCGGGGCAUCUACACAAAUAUGAUGUCAUUCCUCUUAUCAAGACAACGGUGAUGAAAUCCUUGGAAUAUCCUAUGGUGUUAACUACGCUGGACGCUGCGACAUGGGUGUCGAUUAUGAGUCCCGUUCUCCAAGUUUGCUUGCCGAAAGCCGGCAUCUGCAGGAGCUUCCCUCGUGACAUGGUGUUUGCCCCUCUCAGAUUCCAGGGUCUGGGCAUCCCUCAUCCGUUUGGUACUCAGGUGUCCAAACAUAUCGAGGUUCUGCUCCGCCACUCGUCCAACCAAACUAAAACUGGGGCGUACAUGGAGGCUGUGGUUCAAGAACACCAACUUGAGACCGGCACCUCUUUCGGACUCUUCCAGCAGGACUAUAGCAACACGGGAAUUUUGGCGUCGGAUACAUGGCUCAAACGAGUCUGGAAAGAGAUGGAGGACUUGGAUAUAUACCUAGCUCUCGAUACUCCGGUCCUCUCUCUCCGGUGUGACGGCGAUGCCUUGCUUAUUGAGGUAUUUAUGGAGUUGCAAGUGGACCAGGACGCUCUGAAGUGGCUCAACUGGUGUCGUAUGUUCCUCCAAGUCUGCACCGUCUCCGACAUCGUUACCGCCGAUGGCCGCAGCAUCCGGGAGUCAAUGUGGCAUGGGGAACGUGACUACACUCAUCGUUCUUCAUAUCAGCCAAUGGCCUCGAACUGCCCGACCCAACCGGAAUCAUUGGAGGGUGUGGCAGGAGCACCUUACUCAAGCACUCCUCGUCUCUUAUGGACCACAGCGCCUACUGUGUCAUCCACUGGGCCCAUGGGCCACGGUUGGCAACACUACUGUCACCAUCGCUCCUCCACACGGAGCCUUCAAUGGGACGCUACUCAUUCUGCGCAAUUGUCUGGGUGCAAACGACCACAUAACGAGUCCGCCGACCACGGCACCUACUCCUUGCCAGCCCCCUUUUGGACCCAACCACUCCCAGAGGACGUGCGCCGGGCUACCGUCCAUAUCACGCCUUCGCUCGGUACUCUAGCCCUCACCGGCAUUGGGACAGAAUCGCUGCUGCCGCACCACAACUCCCAACCGUCAUUACUGGCCGCCUGGAUGGCCGCCUCAGCCGAGGUGACCGAGUACGUUGGUUGGACCCCUGAAGAAAUAGAGAUUGACGGCGACAAAAGCCGUCUUGCUGAAGCCCUACUCGAAGACCGGCUGUGUGUGAUCAGCGACGGUUCUUAUAAGCUAGGUCUGGGCACAGCGGCGGUUCAACUGCUUCCACGUAAGGGUGGCAAGGAACGCAUUAUUGUUUGCUGUCAAACUCUGGGUCUACCUGACGACCAGAGCGCGUACCGGAGUGAAUUGAUUGGCCUACUGGCCGGUACAAUGGUUGUUGAUUGGCUCCUGGACCAGUGGGCCCCAAGACUUCGAUCACCACCCCGCGUCAGGAUUGCGUGCGAUGGAUUUUCUGCGUUGCUCAACACCUUUAGUGACAAUCGAGUCACACCGCAACAAGCCCAGUUUGACCUGGUCUCCUCUAUCCGGGAGGCACUUGCCCGCUCCAGCAGGAACCAAGCCACGAAUGUGGAAGUGGACGCGUGGGCAGUUGCUUAUUGUCACCAGCUUGAAGCUUCUCACCAACUGAUUGCACCCAACGCUCGCUUCUUUACCGAAUUGGCUACCCUCUACAUUGGUGACGUCAAACAGUCGCGAUUGAAUCCAGAGCAUAUCCAGGAACUGGUCGCGUUGCCUGCUCUACGCAAGCGAUGGCACAAGCGGCAGACAAUUACACCGGAGGCAGAGCUGGAGAUCGAUUGGACCAGUUUGGCCCGCGCCAUGAGCUCCCUUCCGGCAGGUGUCCAACGUUGGACCACAAAGCAUGUCGUGGGGAUGUGUGGUGUAGGGAAGUUCAAAGUCCGGUGGGGUUCCGCAGACUCAGCUGCAUGCCCCUGCUGCGGCGAGUUCGAGGACCACCUUCAUGUUCCUCGAUGUACGGCGCCCUCGGCGAGUGCGGAAUGGGACCGCCGGACGGCGAUUUUGGACCAAUGGCUGGACGCUCAAGUCACUGACCCAGCCAUCAAACACGCUAUCCUUCAUCUUCUUGAAGGGGUUCGCGACCCGUCCCUACCUUGCAGCCGGGUGGUUCCGCUUCGUCUUUGCAUCGGCUACCAAGGUUUAUUGGAAGGCUGGCUGUCUGUUCAGUGGGCGGCCCUGCAGGAACAGUACCUUCAGUCACGAGGGAGCCAACGCUCUCCGACCCUGUGGGUCUCUCGCCUGUUGCAUCAGCUGAUCUUGCUUGGAUUUCAUAUGUGGGAACACCGGAACUUGGUGCAACAUUCGGAGGACAAUGUACAGCUACGCAAACGUAGCCGAUUGGCGAACGAUGGUAUACACUCUCAGUUUGAUAUGGGCCCAACCAACCUCCCCAAGGUAGUUCAACUCAUGCUCGCCGUGAAACGCCGAACGGUGUUGAACAAGCCGUUGGUCGAUAGGGAAGAGUGGCUGAAGUUGGUUAGAAUGGAACGCACGGCCUACCGCCGAGCUCUGGCGCCUCAACGCCGUAUCCUUCACCGCUUCUUCCACCUGGCCCAGGCCCCCUAA